AUGCCAUUCAUCCACAAUGCCUCCACCAUGCCUCCACCAUGCCUCCACCAUGCCUCCACCAUGCCUCCACCAUGCCUCCACCAUGCCUUCACCAUGCCUUCACCACCAUGCUUUCACCAUGCCUCCACCAUGAUGGCCUGCAUAUCGCUGGCCAACAACAAUCUUUUUGGACGCAUACCAGACGCACUCACGCUGCUCACAAAUCUCAAGACAUACGACCUCUCUCACAACUAUCUGACUGGCGGCCUUGUGAAGCCAGCUAACGUGCUGGCUGUGCUUUCAUACAACUAUCGGACACUCUGCCUGGACAGCCAAUCGGUCCUUGCCUCUCCACUUGAUAAGGCCAUUCUCCAACCAUCAACAGUGCUGAUGGCAGGAGUGAAAGCAGAGGCCAAGGGAAUGUUCACUUCUGAUCCGGUGCCCCUCUUUGUGUACGAGAAUGGGCGAGAGGAUCCGGGCUGUGGGUUUGAGCUGGCCUUCAGUGUCAACUUCACCUUCGCCCUCUCGCCCAAAGCCAAGGCCGCUUCAAACGGCUUUGCCUUUGUUGUGUCCGCAACCAAGACUGUGGGGAGCAGUGUCGAUGUGGGGUUUGGUGGGAUGGACGAGCGAAGCAUGGCGAUUGAGUUUGACGUGCUACAAAACAAGCCAGCAAAGCCGGUGCUAAACAGGUGGCUGUCGCUUUGUGCUGUGCUGAAGCCGGGACCACCGCAGGGUGAGGGCUUGCCAGAGCAGCCGCGGGCGUUCUACUUUGGCUUCGUGGCGUCCACCACAGUGAAGCCGUUCAUGAUUCAAACCAUCCUCAGCUCAGCCCUGCGCACAGUUGUGUCAAGCAUAGAAGCAGCAUACGACAUCGCAAUGAAUGUAGAGGCCCCAGUGAUCUCAGUGGACUCGCUCUUCACAGCCAUGAAUCUCACCACCCAGGCAGCCAAGUGCACUGCUGGAGGCUCUCCAACUGAAGCCUUUGAGAAGCUAACGGCGCUGCCUAAGGGGGCAAUUACCAUGGAAGGCAAUAAGGAUCUUGGCUGCUAUACCGGAAACCUUAAUCAUGUUGUACUCGUUAUUGGCUACCUCGUGUUGAGGAACGAUGGGAGCGAGAACCGCAUUGCACCGCCUUUUUGGAUCAUCCGCAACUCGUGGGGCGAGGCAUGGGGAGACAGGGGCCACAUGCGCAUGGACAUCCAGGGAGGGGAUGGCGUGUGUGGCAUCAACGUGCUGCCUGGCAUCUACCCCAUUGUCAAGAUUCCAGGGGACCCGUGUGGCUUGAAGAGCUACAAGGGCGAUGGAGACCUGCAGCCCAGCAUGAACCCGUGCGGUCGCUUCACGUGCACACCCUUCCCCAAGACCAACAACAACACCUGCACCUGCACUCUUCCCGCUCAGACCAGGCAGCCCUUCAUCGAGGCUGCAAAUGGCUAUGGAAGCACCUGUGUCUAUGUAAACGUGUGUGGGUCGUACUUCAAGAACCCUUGUGCUGUGGGCACAUGCAUCAACGAUGGCAAGGGCUCCUACUCAUGCAUCUGUCCACUCAACUACGUCUCCAGCACAACCUUUGACAACUUCCCCACCUGUGAUCCAGGUGCUGCUGCACUUCACCCCCACCUUCCUCCGUCUCCUUGUUUCUCCAAUGGCUAUACCCCUUCUACCUUUUCGUGA